UUCACACUUUACUUUCUUACAGAACAAGAACACAAAUAUCUUAAACUCAUGUCUGAAUGUGGCUGCUUUUCAGCAACAACUAUGUUGAGAAUUUGUGUAGUCUUAAUAAUAUGUUUACAUAUGUGUUGUGCCUCAAGUGAUUGUACAAGUCACGAUAAUCCUGUCUCUCGAGACGAAGCAGAGAAAGCGACUAAGCUGAAGCUUGGUUCGAUCGCUUUACUUCUUGUGGCCGGAGGAGUCGGCGUGAGUCUACCGUUGAUCGGGAAAAGGAUUCCGGCGUUACAACCGGAAAAUGAUAUCUUCUUCAUGGUGAAAGCUUUUGCUGCAGGAGUGAUCCUCUGCACAGGUUUCGUUCAUAUCUUACCAGACGCGUUCCAGAGAUUGAGCUCUCCAUGUCUCCAGGACACUACAGCUGGAAAGUUCCCGUUUGCGGGUUUCGUAGCCAUGCUGUCGGCGAUGGGGACUCUUAUGAUCGACACAUUCGCGACAGGGUAUUACAAGAGGCAGCAUUUUAACAGUAACAGUGGGAGCAAGCAAGUGAACGUAGUAGUAGACGAAGAAGAGCAUGCGGGUCAUGUUCACGUUCACACGCACGCGAGUCACGGACACACACAUGGCUCGACCGAGUUGAUCAGAAAACGCAUAGUGUCGCAGGUGCUUGAGAUUGGGAUAGUUGUGCACUCGGUCAUAAUAGGGAUAUCACUUGGAGCUUCACAGAGCAUAGACACCAUAAAGCCACUCAUGGCUGCACUUUCUUUCCAUCAGUUCUUUGAAGGUCUUGGCCUCGGUGGAUGCAUCUCCUUGGCGGAGAUGAAGUCGAAAUCGACAGUGAUAAUGGCGACAUUUUUCUCGGUGACAGCGCCACUUGGGAUAGGAAUAGGGUUGGGGAUAUCGAGUGGUUUUGGGUACAGGAGAGAGAGCAAAGAGGCAAUUAUGGUGGAAGGAAUGCUGAAUGCUGCAUCUGCUGGGAUACUCAUUUACAUGUCACUUGUUGAUCUUCUUGCUCCUGAUUUUAUGAAUCCAAGAUUGCAAUCCAAUCUCUGGCUUCACUUGGCCGCUUAUCUCUCUCUCGUCAUGGGCUCUGCUUCCAUGUCUCUCCUUGCCAUCUGGGCCUGAUUCUUGAGCUACAACUAACAAACAAACAAACCAAAUGCCGCUCUUUUUUCUCGAAUCUGUAAUGGUGUUUCUAAUCUCGGAAUCAAUACUAUUCUAUUUU